AUGAAGCUAUUAACAUAUGUUUACCUAUUAUCUACUGUUUCUGCAGUAGUUGUCCCAAGUAAAAGGGAUUUAAACCGUGGUAAGGUUUUGAAGUUGCCAUUUAAGAAAACUCAUAAUGAUAGUUCUUCUGUAGUUACAUCUGACGGUAGAGUUUUAGUUAAGAGAGAGUCUAGUAAAGAAUUCGCAAUUACUAACCAAAAAACCUUUUAUUCCGUUGAUCUAAGCAUCGGUACACCUUCGCAGGAUGUCACUGUUUUGUUAGAUACUGGUUCCUCCGACUUAUGGGUCACUGGUUACAAUAAUCCAUAUUGUCUUUCUACCAGCAAAAUUACAUCUCCUGUUAAUGAGUCGGUAAGUAAAUCUUCUUCAGGUUCAAUUGACUGUGCUAAAUAUGGUACUUUUAACAAAGGUGAAUCUUCUACCUAUCAUGAUAACACUACUUCAUUCAGUAUUACUUAUGGUGAUCAAUCUUUUGCAAGUGGGACUUGGGGCCAAGAUGUUCUAUCUUUAGAUGGUGUAGAUAUCAGUGGUGUAUCUUUUGCUGUUGCCGAUAAUACUGAUUCCAAUGUUGGUGUUCUAGGUAUAGGUUUUGAAGCCUUGGAAACUACUACAGGCAUUUCUGGUACUGUCUCUGAUCCGCACACUUACCCAAAUUUGCCUGUUGUUCUAAAAUCAAGUGGCGCUAUCGAUAGCAUUGCUUACUCAUUGUACUUAGAUGACGCAUCCGCUAUGGAAGGUUCUAUUUUAUUUGGUGGUAUCGAUAGUUCAAAGUAUACAGGUACUCUAUACACUGUCCCAAUUGUGAAUAUUUAUGAAGGUUUCUCUGAACCAAUUGCAUUAGAUAUAACAUUACAAGGUUUAGGUAUUUCUUCUUCUAGUGUAAAAGAAACUAUCACUACCUCUUCCAUUCCUGUUUUAUUAGAUUCUGGUACAACCUUAACAUAUUUCCCAAAGUCUUAUGUUUCUUUAGUGGCUAACGCUAUCGGUGCUAGCUAUGUCUCUUCGGGUCUAUAUGGUAUGACUUGUCCAAGUGAUGACGAUGAUAGACAACUAGUUUUUGAUUUUGGUGGUUUCCAUAUCGAGGCUCCAUUAAGUUCUUUCUUGAUUACCUCUUCCAGUGGCAGUAACAUCUGUUUCUUAGGCAUGGUUGUCAGAGAUGAUCUUCCAGCUAUUCUAGGUGAUUUAUUUUUAACUCACGCCUAUGUUGUUUACGAUUUAGAUAACUAUGAAAUUUCAAUGGCCCAAGCUUCUUAUGUAGAUAGCGAAGAAGAUAUUGAAGCUAUUUUAUCCUCUGUUCCAGGUGCUGUAAAGGCUCCAGGUUACUCAAACACUUGGAAUGGUAACCAGGUAUAUACAUCUGGUGGUAACAUCUUUACCUUAAAUAACGAUGACACCGCCUCUGUUACAACAACAACAUCUGCAUCGAAUGCUAGUCCAACAGUGACAACUUCAAGUUUUGUUGCUUCUACUUCUGCAACUGCCCAAUGCAAUGGCGCAGAUUUCUUUGACAAUAUUCUAUGUCUAUUGGAUAGUGUAUUGUAG